UUCCUUCCUUCCUUCCUCUCUAUAUAUCAUGCUAUGAGCAGCCGCUGCAUGCCCCAAACCAUCUCUUUUUACAAGCCAAGCUCAAAUUCCCUACCCUAGUUGUCUAGCUGUUGUUAGCCAUGGCAACAGCCGAAGAGUGUGCAGAGCCUCUCAAGUACCAGACUUGGAUUCUCAAGGUCUCCAUCCACUGCCAAGGCUGCGAGAAAAAGGUCAAGAAGGUCCUCCAAACCAUGGAAGGCGUUUACAAGACGACGGUGGAUUCGCAGCAGCACAAGGUGGUGGUGACUGGCAACGUGGAAGCGGAGGCGCUCAUCAAGCGCCUCCUCAUCAAGCUCGGCAAGCACGCCGAGGUGUGGCCGGAGAAGACCCCGCCCGCCGCCGCCGAAGAGAAAGAGACUGUCGUCGACAAAAAGAACAAGAAGAAGCCCGACGGGCAUGCAUCUCCGGAGACUGGAAGUGCCACUACUGUCGAGAAGAAAGAAAUCGUUUCGCCUGCUAAUUCCAAGAAAUCUGUCGACGACGGUGAAUCCGCCGCCAACAAGUGCGGGAAGGGCGAGUCUUCUCAGCCGAAGGAAAACGAGAACAAGGGAGAGAAGAAGGCGACGGUGGCGGCGGCGUCUUCCGGCGGCGGAGGGGGCAAAAAUAAGGCGAAGAAGGCGGAAAAGGACAACAGUAGUACUACCGACCACAACGCUAACAACGGCGUCGGUAAGAGCAAGAGCAAGAGCAAAAGUGAAUCCGGAGCUGAAGUUAUAGCGCCGGCGCAGCAAGAGUACGAUAAUAAGAAAGAACUCCCUGAUGCCGUACUGGUGGCAGCUCUGCCUUUGUCGUCGGCGUUCGACUACCCGCUACAAAUGCCGCCGUCGUACGGGGUGAGCUACAGCUCGAUGCAACCGAGCAUGAGCUACGGCGGGGCGUACUACGCUGCGUUUCCGGUGCUGCAGAGCGGCUACAUGUUCUCUCCGCCGCCGCCUCCGCCGCCGGCGGGUUCGUGUUGUUACUACCCCUGCGAGGAUUAUUACUCCGGCGCUUGCAACAUCAUGUAACAGAGCAAGCAAGCUCUCUGUUUUGCUUUUUAUGAUUCGCUAAUUUGUAGUUGAAAGCUUCAAACCUUAAUUAAUAGUUUAGUUAAUUGAGUAUUAA